GCAAGGCUUGGUGCCCCUCAGCUCUGCUGCUGGACACAGAGCCAUGAAGAAGAGGUUAGUGGUGCUGGGCCUGCUGGCCGUGGUCCUGGUGCUGGCCAUUGUCGGCUCUGUCUCUGGCUGCUCCCCGGCCUCCAAGGAACCUGACAACCAUGUGUACACUAGGGCUGCCGUGGCUGCAGAUGCCAAGCAGUGCUCGGAGAUUGGGAGACGCAUUGCGGAUGGUGGCUCUGCGGUGGAUGCAGCCAUUGCAGCCCUGUUAAAAGGGCCCAUGAAUGCCCACAGCAUGGGCAUCGGGGCGGCCUGCCUUACUAUCUACAACAGCACCACGCGUGAGAAAGCUGAGGUCAUCAAUCCCAUGGUGGUGGCUCCCCAGCUGGCCUUCGCCAGCAUGUUCAACAGCUCACAGCAGUCCCAGAAUGGUGGGCUGUCAGUGGCGGUGCCGGGAGAUCCGGGAGGCUAUGAGCUGGCUCACCAGCGAUGGGCGCGGCUGCCCUGGGCUCGCUCUUCCAGCCCAGCAUCCAGCUGGCUCCGCCAGGGCUUCGUGGGCAAGGGCUUGGGGGCAGCCCUGAAAACAAGCGACCACCAGCAGCAGCCUGUCUUGUGUGAGGUGUUCUGCCGACAGCGGCUUCGGGAGGGGGAGAGACUGACCCUGCCGCGGCUGGCUGACACCUACGAGACGCUGGCCAUCGAGGGCGCCUAGGCCUUCACAAUGGGUGCAGCCUCACGGCUCAGGAUUGUGAAGGACAUCCAGGCAGCAGGGGGCAUUGUGACAGCCGAGGACCUGAACAACUACCGCGCUGAGCUGAUUGAGCACCCGCUGAACAUCACUGGAGACGCGUGGUUGUACAUGCCUAGCGCUACGCUUCAGGGCCCGCGGUGCUGGCCCCUCAUCCUCAACAUCCUUAAAGGUGAGUACAACUUCUCCGAGCGAGCGCGGAGACCUGAGCAGAAGGGCCUGACGUACCACCGCAUCACAGAGGCUUUCCGGUUUGCCUAUGCCAGGACCCUGCUUGGGGACCCUGGGUUUGUGGAUGACUGAGGGUGGUCUCGCAACAUGACCUCUGAGUUCUUCGCUGCCCAGCUCCGGGCCCAGAUCUCUGAUGAUACCACUCACCCGAUCUCCUACUACAAACCCGAGUUCUACACGGAUGAUGGGGCACUACCACCCGUCUUGCCGCCGCAGGACGGUGCAGUGUUGUGUCCGCCCACCAGCACCAUCAACCUCUACUUUGCUCCAAGGUCCGGGCUCCCAGCCAGCGGGAUCCUGUCUAAUGAUGAUGAUGACUUCAGCUCUCCCAACAUCACCAAUCAGUUUGGUGCCCCCUCACCCGCCUACCUCAUCCAACCAGGGAAGCAGCCGCCUUGCCCAUGUGUCCAACGAUCGUGGUGGGCCAGGGACGGUCAGGUCCGGAUGGUGGUGGGUUUCUGGGGGCACGAGAUCACCACCACUGCACUGGUAUGUGUCACCCCUUUCUCUCGGCGCGCCAAGCACCCUGCACAGCCCCGACAUGCUGAUCACACUCCCAUGCCCCAGGCCAUCUACAACCCCGUUCACAUUUAUCAUGAAGCUGGGCCGGAGAGCCCGCUGCACAACCAGCUUCUACCCAACGUCACAACAGUGGAGAGAAAUACUGACCAGGUGUUGACUGCAGCCCUGGAACCCGGCACCAUCACACUCCAGAUCGCAUCCACCUUCAUCGCUGUGGUCAUUGUCCACACACCUGGUGGCUGGGCAGCUGCCUCGGACUCCAGGAAAGGCGGGGAGCCUGCCGGCUACUGAGUGCUUGGGACAGGGAAAGCUGACCAGCAAUCCAGGGACAAGAUACUCACCAGGACCAGGAAGGGACUUUGGGUCCCCUGUGAGUGGCAGAGCAUCACAAUAAAUGAGGCCACUGUGCCAGGCUCCAGGUGGCCUCCCUGGCCUGGCUCCCCACC